AUGGAUGUCAUUGCUGGUCUUUCUCGGUCUCAAAAUCAAUUUGAUUCAAUUUGGGUCAUCGUGAAUAGAAUGACGAAGUUUGCUUACUUCUUACCAGUGCAGACAAACUUCUCGGUUGAGGACUAUGCGAGGUUGUAUCUUUAUGAGAUUGUAAAGCUAUAUGGGAUGAAUGGACAAGCACAGAGGACUAUUAAAAUAUUGGAUGACAUGCUUCAGGCAUAUGUGAUUGAUUAUGGUGGCAGUUGGGCUGAGCAUUUAUCUUUGAUAGAGUUUGCUUACAACAAUAGCUAUCAUUCUAGCAUUCGGAUGGCCCUUUUUAAGUCAUUGUAUGGUAGGAGGUAUAGAUCUCCUAUUGGUUUAUUUGAGCUUGGUGAAAUGGAUAUGUUCGGUCUGGAUUUGGUUUACCAGGCUGUGGAAAAGGUGAAGGUAAAGUUAAGUCCCCGGUUUGUUGGUCCUUAUACAGUUUUGCAAAGGGUUGGUAAUAUGGCUUAUGAGCUGGUGUUGCCUCCUAGUUUGAACUUAAUUCACCCGAUAUUUUAUGUCUCUAUGAUGAUGAAGUGCGUUGGUGAUCCUUCUCCGGUUGUUUCUUUAGAGGGAUCGGGUAUCUAG